GCCGGAAGGGGGGGGAGUCCGACUCGGUUCCUCCCUGGGGAGGAGGGGGGCGGGGCCCAGAGCUCCAGGGAGAGACACUUUCCUCUCCGACCCCCGCGAACGGGACCGGGGAGCGAAACCCACCGGCCACGCUCAGCCGCCCCCGUCUCCGCGGCUCUGCCGGAGCUCGGAGCAGGGCCCGGCCCCGCCUGUGUUAUCGCCCCGGAGCCGCCCUCAGCUCCCUUCCUGGGGCUCGCUCCGUCCUUGGGGGGGCUCGGCCGGCUGGAACCGGGCAGGAGUUCAGCACCCGAGCUGGGCCCCCGUCAGCAAGUCCCCCGGGUCCGUCUGUCCUGAGAUCUCCUGGGGAGGGCGGGAAAACUCCCUGCCCCAGGGUCUGCUGCUCCCCCGGGGAACGUUCCCUGUGACUCUCCCCAUGCACCCUGACUUGGCCCGGUUUCACCCCCUGCGCAGGGUUCCCCGCCCCCAAACCCGAGCUGAUCGCCCGGCUGGAGCGAGGGGAGGAGCCGUGGGUGCCGGAUCUCCAGGCCGACGCGGGAGGGGAGACCCCGAGAGGCGCCCGCCCAGCAGGCGACGGGGCCGGAGGUGAGAUCAAGGAAGAGAAUCGGCAGCAGGAAGGCCAUGGGGGCAUGGAACCGCCGGAGACGUUCUCGGGAAGAGCCGGAGGGAGUUUUCCCCCGGGCGUGGCAGCGGGAAAUUCCCAAGGAGAGCGACACGGGGCAGAGAGGGAGAAGACACCGGAUGGGUCCGUUCCACGUGGAGGAAGAUCGGAGGAUGCCGCGGGGCCGGCUCGCCCCAAGGAGGAGAAACCGUACCAGUGCCCCGAGUGUGGGAAAAGCUUCCGUUUCUUUGCCCACCUUCACGCUCACUGGAGAGUCCACACGGGCGAGAAGCCCUAUCGGUGUUUGCGGUGCGCGAAAGUUUUCAGCCAGCGCUCCGCCCUCGUGCGGCACGAGAGGACCCACACGGGAGAGAAACCCCACGCGUGCGGGGAGUGCGGGAAAUGCUUCACCAGGAAGCUGAGUCUGGUGGCGCACCGGCGCGUGCACACUGGCGAGAAACCCUACGCCUGCUGGCAGUGCGCAAAGCUGUUCAGCGAGCAUUCGGCCCUCGUGAGGCACGAGAGAACGCACUCAGGAGAGAAACCCCACACCUGCCCGGAGUGCGGGAAAACGUUCGCUCAGAACGCGUACCUCCUGAAACACAGGAGAAUUCACUCCGGCGACAACCCUUACCAAUGCCUGCAGUGCGGGAAAAGUUUUGUGGACAGAACAAAUCUCACUCGACAUCAGCGAGUUCACACAGGCGAGAGACCCCAUAAAUGCUCGGCGUGCGGGAAAAGUUUCAUCCAGAUAUCCCACCUUAUUAUACACCGGAGACUUCACACCGGCGAGCGGCCUUAUAAAUGCCAGGAGUGUGGGAAAAGUUUCAUUCACCGCUCCCACCUUAUUAAGCAUCAGACGGUCCACAGGGGCGGCAGCCCCUAUCCAUGCCCCGAGUGUGGGAAAAAUUUCACGGACCGAUCCAAUCUUACUCGACACCAGAGGAUCCACACUGGGACCCGACUCCAUAAAUGCGUGGACUGUGGGAAAAGUUUCUUUGAGAAGUCGCAACUUAUUCUACACCAGCGGGUGCACACGGGAGAGAGGCCCUUUCAGUGCCAGGCGUGCGGGAAACGCUUCAUUCAGGAAUCGCAGCUGGUUACGCACCAGCGAAACCACACCGGAGAGAGACCUUAUGUCUGCCGGGAGUGCGGGAAAAGUUUUAUGGAAAGUUCGUCCCUCGCUCAGCAUGGGCGAAUCCACACGGGAGAAAGACCCUAUAAAUGCCGGGAGUGCGGGAAAAGUUUCCUUCGUCACUCCCACGUGGAAAAGCACCAACGCAUCCACACGGGCGACAAACCGUACAAAUGCCUCCAGUGCGGGAAAAGUUUCAUUGACGGGUCAAAUUUAACGCGACAUCAGAGGAUCCACACGGGCGUGCGACCCCAUCAAUGCCCGGAGUGCGGGAAGAGCUUCAUUCAGAAGUCAAAAUUUAUUCUACACCAGAGAGUGCACACGGGAGAGAGACCUUUUCAAUGCCGGGAGUGCGAGAAAAGUUUUAUUCAGGAAUCACAGCUCGUCGCGCAUCGGCGAACCCACACGGGAGAGAGACCGUUUACGUGCCUGGAGUGUGGGAAAAGUUUUAUGAAAAGUUCAGUCCUUAUUCAGCACAGGAGAAUUCACACCGGACUAAAACCCUAUACGUGCCCGGAGUGUGGGAAAAGUUUUCUAGAAAACUCAUCCCUUACUAAACACAGGAGAAUUCACACGGGAGAAAGACCCUAUACAUGCGCUGAGUGUGGGAAAAGUUUUAUGCAAAGUUCGUCCCUUACUAAACACAGGAGAAGCCAUGCUGCCGGCAACCCCUAUAAAUGCCUUGUGUGCGGGAAAGAUUUCUUUGACAGAGCAAAUCUGACGAGUCAUCAGAUAAUCCACACAGGAGUGAGGCCCUAUGAAUGCGUGGAGUGUGGGAAAAGCUUCAUUCAGAAGUCACAAUUUAUUAUCCACCAGCGGGUGCACACGGGAGAGAGACCCUUUCAGUGCCGGGAGUGUGGGCAAAGUUUUAUUCAGGAAUCGCAAUUUGUGACGCAUCAGCGAACUCACACGGGGGAGAGACCCCAUACGUGCCUCCAGUGUGGGAAAAGUUUUAGGAAGAGUUCGGCCCUUGCUAAACACGGGCGAAUCCACACCGGAGAGCGUCCUUACCAAUGCCUGGAGUGCGGGAAAAGUUUUAGGCACAGUUCGUACCUCACUAAACACGGGCGAAUCCACACCGGAGAGAAACCUUACCCAUGCCUGGAGUGUGGGAAAAGUUUCAGUUUGAAAUCAAACCUGAAUACACACCAGAAAACCCACACGGGAGAGAAACCCCACGCCUGCCCGGACUGCGGGAAAUCUUUCAUUCAGCACUCCCAGCUGAUUAAGCACCGGCGAAUCCACACGGGAGAGACCCCGUUUGAGUGCCCGGCCUGUGGGAAAACUUUCCGCCAGUGUUCGCACCUUACUAAACACAGGAAAAUCCACACGGGAGACUGUGGGAAGCGCUUCGAGCUGGGAGCUCACCAAACAUUGGACAAUCCACAGAGGGGAGGGACCCCAGGAACAGCUGGGCCGCAGGAAAAGGAUCGAUUCGACUUCACACAUCCGUAACCCACACAACAGCGAGAACGUGAGCGUGCUGCUCCAGGAAUCUCAGACCCCUGCAACUCCAGACAGGGAAGAAACCUCAGAGCUGUUUUUGAGUGUGGAAAAUGCUCCAAGGGGAGCAUGGGAAAUUUCCCCCACCCCAUGGAACCCUGGGAGCCUGUUUCAGGGAUCUAUCAGAUUGGUGGGCCGUUCCAGCCCGCGGGUCACAUUUUACCCGCCCCGGGUUGAGGGGGAAUUCUUGAACAAACAGACUCACCGGCAGACGGACGCACGUGUCUAAAAUAGGUAGCACGAUGCUUCAGACUAGGCAUAACUCAGGUGUGCUUUAUGCAAAGCAGGUGGAUUCGUUCACAACCCCGUGAUCGCCUGGGGUUCGUGCGUCUUCUGUUUGUGCGCCUCUCAUGCUUGUAUGUGAAGUUAGAAGUACCAAGUGUACAUCUUAUUAAUCCAGCAUUGGUCAUGUGACCAGUGGUCUCGCUUAUGGGGCUUAAUGGCCCGGUGCUCAAGACAAUGAUUAUAAACAGGCUUGCAAAAGUGGCGAGGAGUCCUGUGGCACCUUCUAGACUAACCGAAGUGUUGGAGCAUAAGCUUUCGUGGGCAAAGACCCACUUUGUCAGAAACAGGCUUGCGUUUCCUGGAAGCCCAAACUGGGGUUGGUCCUACGAAGACAUGUGGCCAGGCCACUGUUGCCAGCAAGAGUCAAUGUCAGGUCCGACACUAGGGGUGUGUCUAGACUACAGGUUUUGUUGACGAAAGUGGACUUUUGUCAACAAAACGAUACCUGCGUGGACACUGCCGCCGAGUUCUGUUGUCAUAACGUCGACAGAACUCAGCAGUUUUGUCAACAACGGUAAACCUCAUUCUACGAGGAAUAACGCCUUUUGUUGACAGAGUUCUGUCACCAGAAGGCGUUACUGCAUUUACAAUGUCCUUUGCGUCUACACUUUCACGUCGACAAAGCGACUUGCUUUGUUGACGAUACUGGAUGUUGUCUAGACGCUCUUUGUCGACAGAAGCUUUGUCGACAGUAGUUUUUUUUUAACAAAAGUGGACUUUUCUCGACAAAACUAUACGUGCAUGUAGAUUAACGCCGAGUUUUGUUGACAUAACAUCGACAGAACUCGUCAGUUUUGUCGAC